GAAUGACUGCAGGUUAAAACUGCCUGAACUGAUCUCAGUUCUCACACUUCUCCAUUAUGACUGACAUUGUGUCACUAAAUAGCAGCAUUUAAACACUCAGUCAGAUCAGAGGAAGUGAACAAACACAGGAAGGGUGGAUAGUUUUUAAAGAAAGAGUUGUGAGCAUAUAAUGAAGAGGAAGACUGACAGAAAGAGAAAAUGGCUGAUAAGUGUCAUUUGUGUCUGCUGGGACUGAUCAUUCUCUCUUCACUUCUCACAGGUACCAGUGGAGUGGAUGAUGCUCAUGUGUUCAUCAGUUCUGGUGAAAAUGUCCGUCUGCCCUGUAAUAAUGAUCUUCAUGACUGCAAAUCAGCUACGUGGAAUUAUAACAGAUUCAGACAUUCAGCAGCAGUUGAACUGAUUGGUUCAGGGAUAAAGAAGAAUAACACAGAGAGUCAUGAGAGACUGAGUCUGGGGUCUGACUGCUCUCUGAACAUCAAGAACGUCACAAAAGAAGAUUAUGGAUUUUACAGCUGCCAACAAUGGUCAGAUGUGAAUGGACGACACCAAAAACAAGGAACUGAUAUAUUUGUUCAUCUACAUGUUCUUUAUGUCUCUUCAUCAUCCUCACAGACUGAGAUCAGUGCAGGCAGCUCUGUGACUCUCUACUGUCAGUUGUAUUCAUAUUCACAUAGUAUACUCUCUUGUGAUAAUUGGAUCCGUUCUAAGGGAAUUCAGCUGUUCUGGGUGAAUCAGGCUGGUGUUAAACUGACAAUAUCAGACUCCAGAUAUCAGGAAUCAGUUCCAGGCUACUGUAUCAUCACUGUGAAUACAACACUCCUGAAUGAAGAUGACAACAGAGAGUGGAGAUGUGAAGUUACUCACAGAAAUCAAGUCAAGACCUCAGUCACAUAUACUGUCAAGAGUUCAGCUCAAUAUAAAACGACAGCAGUGAUUUCAGUCCACACCACAAACUCUCAGAAUUCCUUAACAACAAAAUCACCAGGAGCUACAGAUCAAGUGACAGUGAUUUCUAUUUCUGCUGCUGCAUUUGCUGUUUUUCUUCUUGUUGUUCUCUGGCUGAUCUGCAGAAAAAGAGCUGAUAAUAAAAGGGGGACUUAUGAGUCAGUGGUCAAAGGUGAGAAUGAAGAUAAAGGGACGUAUGAAACAAUCAACAUGUCCAUUCCUGCUGCUGCUAGAGACAAUGAGCAGACAGAUGAUGUGACUUAUUCUGAAGUCUCUUCUUCCAGUAAAAAGCCAGUAAAAUCACUCAAUGAUCAUAAUGAUACAGUGACUUACGCUGCCAUCAGAUGAACAGAAAAUGAGCCGCGGGAUGAACUUUACGCCUCUGUGAACAAGAACAAGAACAAAUAAACAUUAAUGACACAGAUCACUGCUGGAGCUCAUCAUAUCAGCAGCAGACAAUAUUCACAACUGUGGUGUUUGGAAGAAUUAGACAUUUGUGUGAACAAACAAAACUUUUUUUUUUAAUUUAUUUGUAAAACCUUUUAAAGCAAAGUGCUGUUAAAAAUAAUAAUAAAAAAAAUAUAUAUACUUUUUUCAGGAACCCCCAAAAAAAACAAACAAAAAAAAAACAUAUAUUUUAUCCCCCAGAAUGCGAUUUUUAACAGGGGAACCCCCUCGAAAUGCGAUUGGGCUACUUUUGAGGAGCAACUGGGCAGGUUUUGUUGUGUGUGCCAGUAAACCCUAAAUGUUCAAAGUCAUCCGCUAUCACUGUAGCUAAACUGAAUUACAAACAUAAACCUUAACUGAUGAAACAUUAAGUCAUUAAAGGAUUGUGACAAUAUAUGGUUUAUGUGUGUUUUCAAGUCUUCUCCAGGUAAUAAUUAAAGUAUAUGAAUGAUACAGUAGCAUUAAUUACAGUACAGAAGCUAAAUUAUAUUUUCUGCCUUAUUCUGUGAUAGAAAUGGAGAAAGUGUUUGUUUUAGUAUAAAUUAUUAUACUGAUUAUACAAUCAUAACCAUAAAAUUGUCAUUAGUAAAAUAUAGAACAAAAAUACUACAGAAGAAAAAUUAUUGUUUUGUCCAGCAGUGUAUUUUAUUUCUUAGCCAAUUCAAAGUAAGAGAUAAGAAAAGUUUGUUUUUAUAAUUACUUUUAAUUAUUAUUAUUAUUAUUAUUAUUAUUACAUUUGACAUGUCUGUCCUCCUCAGUGACAAUGUCCUAUAACAUAACUGAAUAUAAAACUUUAUUCUUUAUUUGGCAAAAUAUUUUGUGGCUCCACGUGAAUUUUAUUCAGUGGGAAAGGUUUGGUGUUGAAGGUUGCAGACCCCUGAAAUAAUGUAAUAAUAGUUAAUUUAACAACAUUAGAUGUAACACACAACCCUAAUGUACACAACUAAUCAGAAAAACAAAAAACAAACAAACAAAAAAAAGGUUCUUUUUUCACUUCCACUAACAGGAAAAAAUUACAGACUUUUACUGUUAAAACCAUGGUCAUUUUUUACAAUGUGCUCUUGCUUGCAGCAUGUAUAUUAGCUGUUUCUUUUGACAGUAAUUUGAUAAUUAUUUCAGUGUCUGU